CGUCUGUAUAAGCGGUACACCAAUCUCCAUCAUUCAAGUAGGGCUAUCUGAGUCGCAAAGGAAGCAGAGCCCCUCGUCUACCGGCUGGCAGCAUCCCGGACCUCCACUCUCGCCUUCUUCACAGGUGCCGCAUAUGUCUCUUAAGAAUGGCGCUGGUGCUGGAGCUAGGGGUUUUCAUUCGGUCAUCAAUACUAUAAGAUUAUACCAUCUUGAGAGGUCAUACUUGCAGAUAUCGCAGGAGCAGUUUCUGAUAGAACAAGGAGAUUAAAGAGUGAGGCGCGCAUCUACCUAUCGUUGUUGCUACAGGUGAAAUAAGAUGACAUUCUACAAACUGAUUAUCCCACUCAGAAGAUGGAUUAUAUCACCAUCUAGACGUUCUAAUUGUACUGUUAAUGCCUAUUUUGGCGAUAUAUUGGAAGAUUCUUGACUGGCUCUGCGUUGGGAAGUUCGUCUAUUUCCUCAUUGGGCAACCGUUCCAACCGUCUCGCACGGACGAAAUGCUCCGCUUGGAAAAUCGACUUUGUCGGGCAUAUAGGCUCAUCAAAGCCAGAAGUCUACUACAAAUGACUGAUAAUAUUUACCAAAAGCAGAGUCUGAACCUACCUAUAUCUGUAUCAAGCUGGCAACGGCCUACCGCCGUUGCAGGACCAUCGCCGUUACAACGUCUUUACUUGUCAUGGUCCGAUGCAAAGGGAGUCGCUUUUUCAUUCAAGUAAGCUCGUAAUC